AUGAACGUCUUCAAGAAUCUGUUCAAGGAGCGAGGCGUGAAAGAUGUGAUCACUCUAUUCCACAGCCCAUCCAGUCCAGCUUCGAUACGAGCGCAUACCAUUCUCAAGCAAGCUGCGGGCAACGCACAGUCCACAGCGACGAUUGACCAAGCCGCCGACCACUCCAAGCAGAGCAAGACUGGGCGCACAGAUUUCGAGCUUGAUGUGGUAGAAGGCGCACCAACAACAGAUCAGCUCACAAAUGUGCUCGAAUAUCUUGGUCCAAACAAGGCAGGCAAUGUUGUGAAGGACGCAACAGGGAGCAGCGAUGCGAUGAGGAAGUUCAACGCUUCAGCAAACACUUUCCAGAGGCCUAUUGCGGUGGACUGGUCAAACGGUCGGGCAGUUGUUGGAGACGACGAGAGUGAGCUAAUAAAACUCAUACGAGCGAUACCCAAAGAAGGCUCGGCCUGA